CUUCGCUCGCUGCCUCUCUCCUCUCGCUGCUCCGUCGCCGGUCGCCCUUCGCUAUCUCGCUGCUCGCCGCUCGCCGCUCGGUCGCCCUCGCCGGCUCUCUCAGGUACGGCACUGGGUCUAAGCUGGAAUGCUUCAUAUACAAGUAGGACCACGUUGGUGCUUAGAGUAGGUCCACGUUGGCAUAAGCAGCUGAGAGAGUCCGACCCGACCCGGGCUCAUUGCCAUUCAUACCAAGUCGUUGGCUGGCUGGACGUCGCUUUUUCUCGCCAAAACCUAAAACCCCAGCCCCUUUGUUCCUCUCUCUCUCUCUCUCUCUCCGCAUUUUUUACAUAUAAUAGCAGAAGAGCUGAGGUAGGGUUUGGUGAAUUGGCCAAAGAGAUGUUGCGAAGGAACGUACGGCUGAGAAGAGAGUACCUUUACAGGAAGAGCCUGGAAGGGAAAGAGCGCCUGCUGUACGAGAAGAAGCGCAAAAUUAAAGAAGCCCUUGAAGAAGGAAAACCAAUCCCUACUGAGCUCAGAAACGAAGAGGCCACCCUCCGCCAAGAGAUCGACCUCGAGGACGAAAAUACUGCCAUUCCAAGGACUCAUAUUGAUGAUGAGUAUGCUAAUGCAUCAGAAAGAGAUCCUAAAAUUUUGCUAACCACAUCCCGCAAUCCAAGUGCUCCUCUUACACAGUUUGUAAAGGAACUGAAGUUUGUAUUUCCUAAUUCACAGCGGAUGAAUCGUGGUAGUCAGGUUAUUUCUGAAAUUAUAGAGACUUGCCGUGCACAUGAUUUUACAGAUGUUGUGUUGAUCCAUGAGCAUCGUGGUGUUCCUGAUGGUAUAAUUAUCAGCCAUUUACCUUUUGGUCCAACUGCCUAUUUUGGAUUACUCAACGUGGUUACAAGACACGACAUUAAGGACAAAAAAGCCAUUGGAACUAUCCCUGAAGCUUACCCACAUUUGAUUCUCAACAAUUUCUCCACCAAGCUGGGCGAAAGGACAGCAAACAUUCUAAAGCAUUUAUUUCCAGUGCCAAAACCUGAUACAAAGCGUAUUAUCACUCUUGCCAAUCAGUCUGACUAUAUUUCUUUCAGGCACCAUAUCUAUGAGAAACGUGGAGGUCCUAAAUCAAUUGAGCUAAAAGAGAUUGGCCCUCGAUUUGAACUGCGGCUGUAUCAGAUCAAACUGGGAACAGUGGAUCAGAGUGAAGCCCAAACUGAAUGGGUCAUCAGACCAUACAUGAACACAUCAAAGAAACGAAAGAUUCUUGGGGAUUGACUUGGUAUUACGAUUUUUCCAUUCUUACCCGAUGUGCGAUGCAACGAGAUUCCGAAUGUGCUAGACCAAUUAAUGUACCCAAAUUUUGUUUUAUUUUUAGGCAAACCGCCUUUAUGAAAAGAAUCUUUGCCAGU